AUGACACCCUUAUUACGUACCCACUUCUUUGUUGCACUCUCCAUUCUUUCUCUUCUUACUUGUUCUAACAAUGCACAACUUUCUACCAAUUUCUAUGAUAAAACUUGUCCUGAUCUUCAAACCAUUGUGAGAAAUGCAAUGACACAAGCCAUCAACGGAGAAGUCCGGCUUGGGGCCUCUCUACUUCGCUUGUUCUUUCAUGACUGCUUCGUAAAUGGUUGUGAUGCAUCGAUAUUAUUGGAUGACACUGCCAAUUUUGUCGGUGAGAAAAAUGCAUUACCUAACCAAAAUUCAGCCAGGGGUUACGAAGUGAUUGAUACCAUUAAAACCAAUGUUGAAGCUGUUUGCAAUGGCACAGUUUCUUGUGCAGAUAUUCUUGCACUUGCAGCAAGAGAUGGAGUAGCUCUUCUUGGAGGACCCUCAUGGGAAGUAGCUCUUGGUAGAAGAGAUGCAAGAACAGCGAGCCAGAGUGAUGCCAACAACCAAAUCCCUUCACCAUUCUCUGACCUUGCAACACUCACUUUCAUGUUCGCCGCCAAAGGCCUAAGUGCACGUGACCUCACUGUGCUCUCUGGUAGCCACACAAUAGGCAAAGCACAGUGCCAAUUUUUCAGAACCCGCAUAUACAAUGAGACCAAUAUUGACACAAACUUUGCCACAUCCAAAAGGGCCACUUGCCCUGCAUCUGGUGGGGACACCAAUUUGUCCCCUCUUGAGUCCCUCACUCCUAAUAGUUUUGACAACAAUUACUACACAGAGCUUGUGGCUAACCGUGGCCUUCUCCACUCAGAUCAAGUGCUUUUCAAUGGUGGGUCUCAAGAUGCUUUGGUUAGGACUUACAGUACCAAUAAUGCUGCUUUUUUCAGUGACUUUGCAGCUGCUAUGGUUAAGAUGAGCAAUAUCAGUCCUCUCACUGGGACUAGUGGAGAAAUCAGAAAGAAUUGCAGGGUUGUGAAUUGA